AUGUCUGAGCGAAAAACGCUAACUCUUGAAGAUAAAAUAUCAUUAAUCAAGGAUAAUCAAAAUGGUGGAAAGUCUACCCGAGAUCUCGCUAUUGAUUAUGGAAUCUCAAAGAGUAGUGCUGCCAAUAUCAUUCGUCGAAAAGAAGAAUAUUUAUCGGACUACGGAUCCAAUUGCAACAAAAGAAUUAACCGCAAACACAAAGAUGAUGAUGGACAAAAGAUUGACGAACUGGUGUUCGAAUGGUUUACGAUACAGCGUUCUAAAAACAUUCCAAUUUCCGGACCAAUCUUACAAGAAAAAGCGAGACAAUUUGCUGAACAGUUGGGAUAUCUUCCAGAUGAGUUCAAAGCUUCAAACGGUUGGCUCGAAAAAUUUUGCGCCCGUCAUGCUAUUUCGUUUCGAUUAAUUUCCGGUGAAAGUGCUUCUGUGCAUCAUUCUACAGUCGAAGAAUGGACAAAAAGGCUUUUGACAAUAAUUGAGGGAUUCGACAAAAAUGACAUUUUUAAUGCAGAUGAGGCUGGUUUAUUUUAUCGUGCAUUACCAGAUCGUUCGUUAGUAUUGAAAAAAGAGGAGUGUAAAGGUGGAAAGAAAAGUAAAGAACGAUUGACGAUUUUAUUAUGCUCUAACUGGAGCGGAACAGAGAAGCUGAAACCAUUGGUGAUUGGAAGAAGUCAACGUCCUCGGUGUUUAAAAAACAUCAAUAUAUCUGAUCUCCCAGUUACUUGGCUUGCAAAUCGAACAGCUUGGAUGAAUCUAAAAUUGUUUACGAAUUGGCUCGCUACUCUUAAUAAUCGAAUGAAAAGAAAUGCUCGUAAGAUUAUUCUAUUUCUGGACAAUGCACCUUGCCAUAUAGUUGAUGAAACUUUUUCUAAUGUCAAAUUAGUCUUUUUUCCACCAAACACUACUUCCAAAUGUCAACCAUUAGAUCAAGGUGUCAUAAAAUCAUUCAAAUGUUAUUACCGACAAAAAUUAGUCAGACAUAUCAUUUCUCAAUGUACUACCGCUCUAACUAUCGAUCAAGUUUCUAUUAGUGUUUUAGAGGCAAUUAAAUGGAUCGAUUUAGCAUGGAAAGCAGUAACGAAUGUCACAAUUCAAGGUGGAUUUCGAGCUGCUGGUUUUAUUGAUUCGUCAUUAACGUCUUUAUCAACAAUCGAUAUUGAUAUUGCUGAUCAAACAAGUUUGCAACUAGUCAAUCAUGGUGGUUCACUUGAACAUCUUGAAGUUUUGCUGGCUCAUGUUCGAAUUGAUGGUCAGCAGCUAACAGCUGCUGAAUUUGUUGAUAUUGAUUCAUCAAUUCCCGCUUUCAAUGAAUGGGAGGACGACGUACAUUUGAAGGAUCUGAUUGAAAUUUCUCAAGGAGAUGAGAACGAAGAAGAAGAAACAAGCGUUACCAAAAAGUUACCCAAUAUAGCAGAAAUCUUAGAAAUGGUGAAAACAAUUCAUCUUUAUGCAAUACACGAACAGCCUCAGUUGCACAAUGCCUUAUAA